AAAAUGCUUGUUUUAUAUAUAAACAAACUUAUCAACGCUCAUGACGGUACUUCACUUUUUCUUCAUUUUCAUAAUUCAUAGUUAUGGAAAUAUGUUUGAAGUCAUGUGUUUUUUAUGUUUUUAUAAUACAUUUUGGUCACUGCCUGCUGAGCACAUUUCCCGUUGCCAAGCAUUGUAUCGAAUUUCGUAUAUUCGAGGAAUCACUUUUAAAUUUGAAUUGUAAGUGGAUCCACACAAAGCAUAUUUACAUUGUGUGUCAUAAAAAAUCUACAGAUAGACAACUUUUAAAUACGGCAAGUCGAACAUUCAAUUCAAUGGAUUCUACAACCCUUGUGUUGUUAUCCUUUAUUCAUAUUUGGAAUUUGUAUGCUGAACUUGUGAAAUGCGAAUAUAUUAGUACAGGUAUAAAUAUACAUUCAGAAAACGAAAGGCAACCAUUACAUAUGGCUUACAUUGCAAAACCAAGUCUUUCGGCAUAUGAAUUAUACUGUUCUCUCGAAGCUAGUGUUGCUCAUUUGCAAAUGCGGUGCGAAAUAGACGGAGCGACAAUACCUUUUGAAGAAAAUAGUCUGGACUCACAACACUCCGAUUGCAGACGCUCAUUUACAUGCAUCUAUACUGUACGCAGACUGUUUUGGAGAGAUGUGAAAAAUUACAAUAAUUUUACGUGCUGUUGUGUUGGCAACCGUGAACUAGAAACGAGACCUCGUGGGGAAUCAAUGACGGUUUUAAAUAAUGAUAUAUUUCAUGAGGGUUACCAUCAAGUCAAUAAAGUUUAUAGUCAAGUUGCAAUUGGACAAUUUAUUCAACUACAUUGCCGCGUCAAUGGCUUUCCUUUGCCUGCUGUAUUAUGGUACAAAAAUGGCGUGCCACUUAAUAUUGGUGAUAGAAGUCAGGUGCUUAUUGGAAAUGUAACGUACAAAAUGAUAGGCUCUGUAUUGUAUGUAAGUAGAAAUAAUGUCAAUGGCUCAGGAAUUUAUCAAUGCGUUGCUACAAACAUUGCUGGUGAAGGAAAAGGCCGUUUGUACAAAGUUAUACUUACUGAAGUGUGCGAGAAUUGCAAAGUGAAAAAUGAGAGACAACCCGGAGCACUAUUUGGGAACUCAACAUAUGAUUAUUUCAAUGACGAAGACGAAAUAAAUAAAAAAAAUUGGCGUAAAAGGAAACAAAUCUUUGGAACAAAGUUCUUUGUUUGCAUUGCUGUCGUUUUCUCCAUCAUUGUCGUUAUAAUCAGUUAUCUGAUUCGCAGAGUUUUCAAGUCCAAAAGGAAUCGUUGUGAAUGUUCGACAGUUGUGCUUCGAAGUAGCUGUCGUACAGGACGUCAUAGAUGUCAUGGCUGUUGUCCUCGUCACUCUCGAGAUUCUGAACACUCACCGACGUCUCCAAAUCCUGAAAUGCUCCAAUAUCCUACACGACACGAUGUACUCAGACAUACAACAUACGAAUAUGAGAACGAGGAAAGAUUUGACAAAGAUCCAUUGACCGACAUCGAAGUACAUAAACAAUUCGCACACUCCUUUUCACGUGAUCAUUUAGACGCAUCUCUUGUAGGCCAGACUCAGAUACCAUGUCCUGGAUACGAACAACCGCGUGAACCUCACAACAUUGACAGAAGGUAUUUCAAGAGCUGUGUAAUUGACCACAAUGGUGGUACGAUAUUUUUGAACGACACAGGAGUAAAGCUGAUCAUACCUCGAGGUGCCAUUAAUGUUGGUGAUUCUAGGACUGUGUACAUUGGUUUAUUGGAUAACGAAGAAUACAAACCAAAAAAUUUAAAGGAUGGAGAAAGUUUGCUUUCUCAUGUUGUUGCUUGUGGUCCUCAUGGAUUUAUCUUCAACCUUCCCGUCAUUCUUGUAUUACCUCACAGUGUUGUUAAGUUUGAUGACGAUGACAUGCAGGAGAAUUUUAGAGUCCUGUGUAGCCAUACAUCCCCAUGUGAUCCUCCAGAUUGGAAAGAUGUUUUCAAUAACAAGAAAGAGACAAAGAAUGAUGACAUAUUCUGUUCCAUGGGAAGCAGUUAUUUCAAACUUUAUGUGAACCAUUUUUCGUGGUACACAAUUUCCGGUAAAGUAAAGGCUAAAAAGUUCAACGUAGUUGCGUAUCGCACCUUUCUCCAUCAACCCAAAGAAGAUUUUACUGUGAGGUUGUACCUCAUUCCAAGUCUUUCAGGUUCAUUGGUAGCGCAGAAGAAAAUUGAAAGCGACGAAGAAAAGUUGAAAGGGGCUCUCUGUGACGGUACUAAGCUGAUGAUUUUUUAUAAGAAAGGUGGCAAUCUCACAAUUGAUGUUCGUGACUUAACUGAAGGAUGGAAAUCGUCACGUGGUAUUACACAAAGCCAGAGUUACAACACCUGCAGAGCAUGCGAAACGAAUGCUCUAUGCACUACAUUUCCAUUUGAACAACUGUUUGAGCAGCAACCAGAUAGAAUCUCCUGUGAUUUUAUCAUAAGACAAGAAAACUGCAAGCAUGAUUCAUCAGUGGCUGUAAAUUUGUCAGUAACAUUUGAAGCUGAGAGAAAAAGACUUCAAAUGAGUAACCAACCAAAACAGCGGACGGAAAAUGCACAAUAUUAUGAUUCACUGUUCAUUUCGUACGAUCUUGAGACAAAGUUGAAACAAAAGUUAGAUCAAAAUUCACCAAUUCUUCAAAACUGGAAAAACCUUGCUAACCAUUUAGGCUUCAAUCGAAAUGAAAUAGAACAUUUGGCUUCCCUUCAAUCUCAUAAUCCUUUAGUCACUAGUCCCACAGUUUUAGUUCUCAAAGAAUGGCAAUGCAAUGUAGGAAUGUCGCCGGUAGAUGCUCUGAAACAUCUCAAAGAAAUCUUUGAGAAAAUGGAAAGAAAGGAUCUUGGCGACAUGAUACAGAUGUAUCUGGUAAAUGAAUUUAGCAACCCUUCCAUUCCUAGGUCACUAGAAACUGUCGUUUAGAAAUAUGCCACUGUAUGGCAAUGUUGCUAUGUACAGCGCAAGUCUUUGAAAAUUUAAGACGUCUGUUUGUUUAUCAUUGUCAGCUACAACCAUAGGAAGUAAUGAUUUUGACGAAUACUUUCGAAGGAGUUUUUAUUGUGUACAUACUUAUUUACAUUGCUUUCUGUGGCUGCAGCAACAGUUAUCCAAAUAACUUAUGAUAAUGCUUUGCCAUUUAGACUUACUUGCUCGUCAAUUUCUUAUAUUUAUAUUUGACUUUCCAACAGUUGUAUAAAAACGAUUAUUGAAAAAGUACUAAAAGUAGCGUCAUUUCAAAUUUUUGUAUUCGCGAGCUUAUAAGAAUGAAUACAAGUUCACGCAUGUCCAGAAAGUUUGGAAAAUACUUACACCAUUGAAAUUAGAGCCAGUUUUGUGUAUUUA